AUGCGAGGUAAGUUCCAAAAGUCUGAUUACUCACCAUAUCAGUUGAUUUUCCGAAACGAAGCCGAGAAGAUGCUAAAACUUUGGCAGUACUACCCGAUAUUUAUCCUGGUCCUUGGCCAGAGCCAGGCUGAUGUCUUUGACGAGUGCAACGGAGCCGAUAGAUUCAGCUUUGUUGAGUCGCCCAAGAGUUGUGCACAUUACAUAUAUUGCGAUGGAGAUGACUCAUACGAUGGGGAAUGUGAGGACCGCGAGUACUUCAGUGCGGAGUUGCAAUUGUGCGAGCCCAUGGGCGAUAUAGAUUGCCGCUCGGGCUUGCCCAUACCGGCAGAGUCCACAAAUAAUACACCAAACUCUGAGAGCGCGCCGGCUCCGUCCGAGAAUAAUUCCGGACCAGAAACAGAGGUGGUUAGCUCCACCGUAGCCACUACUUUAAGCACUACAGUGGCUCCUCCGGGUCCAUCGGUAACUGUGACAUCCCGCCCCCCAACUAACGAAACUGGAGGCACUAUCUCCACAGGACUCUACCCCAGCAUAGAGGUGGCCGUGACCACUCUGUGCCCCAGGCAGGACAAUCAGAGCCGUAUCGUAUUGAUGCCAAAUAGAAACUCCUGCUCGGACUAUUUCAUUUGCUAUCAGGGGGAUCCUCUUCCCAUGAGCUGUGCGGCCAGUCUGCACUUUAAUUCCCGUUCUGGCAAAUGCGAUCAUCCCGAGAAUGUCAAAUGCUUGUCAAUGAGUUCCAAUCCACGAGAGCAGUGCAAACGGCAUACCAUCGAUGUGUAUCCUCAUCCGGAUAAUUGCAAUUAUUUCUACCAAUGCCGUCUGGGUUUCUUGAUUGUCCAGCAGUGUCCUUUCUUCUAUGGAUGGGACUACGAGAAACGAUCCUGCGUAGCUCUAAGUCAAGCUAAAUGUUAUAAUAAAGUGCAACAGAGGUUAUCGAAAUAAAUUAAUAUAUUACCGAAAGAGAUUUAUG